AUGAUUGAUGAUCAAGACUUGGGGUUUAUAGUAAACUUCCUUGGCAUCUUCAUCUUCGCAUUGGUAAUUGCUUAUCAUUACGUAGCUGCUGAUCCCAAGUUCGAAGCCACUUGAGUUAUGUAUUUUUAGCUGACGAUAUAUAAGUCCCUUUUUCUUUACUUUAUAAUAACAGUCUUUGUUGAGAUGAAUAUGUUGUCAAGAUGUUGUGAAAAAAAAAAAAAGAAUAUGUUGUCAAGA